AGGAAGAAGAAGCAAUCAUCAGAAUUGGAAAUGGCGAGCACUGUCAAUGCCGUCGGUGAGCCGAUCCCUUCUUCGGCCUUACUUAUGGCUUCUUCGAAGCACAUAGCAACGAAAUGCAGAAUGGAGAACAUGGAGUUCAUCAAUUGCAAGAAGAAGGAUGCCAACCCGGACAAAUGCCUCGAUAAGGGCCAGGAGGUCACUCGUUGCGUCCUUGGCCUGUUGAAGGGGCUUCAUCAGAGGUGUACAAAUGAGAUGAAUGCUUAUGCCGGUUGCAUGUAUUACCACACUAAUGAGUUUGAAUUAUGCCGCAAGGAGCAGCAAGAGUUCGAGAAAGCAUGCCCAUGUAACGAUUAGUGGUGUAUCCUCAUAAUGUUGAAUAAUUGGGGACAGCGUGUUGAAAACAGACAUAUUUGAUGUUCUUUUCACUGAAAACAACUAUUUUUGCAGAUGGGAUGCUUUCCUUUCAUAAAGUUCCAAUUCUUAUUGGGAAAUGGUUAUCAGCCUGUGGUUAGGAACUUAGGAUUAUGCUUAUGCUGCACCAGCUGUUGUAGGAAUUGAUACUUUCUCCUAGUUUGUAUUGGGCGAUUCAUGUCUCAAUCCCAAGCCUGAUGACUCUGCGAUUGUGCUAA